AAAUGCGACCCUUUCACGCCCGAUUGUGAGAAAGGAAGUGAAAGAGUAUUAAUCAAGAAAGCAGUUGGUGAACCUGGGAACUGCUGUGAUCGUUUUGAGUGCAAGCAGCUUGAAUUACGAUGUGAAAACGUUCAGUGUCCUGACGUCAUUGAUGAUGAAGGGGAAUGUCCAGAGGACAGCUUUAAACCACCAAGUUAUGUUCCACCGGGUCAGUGCUGCCCUGUUUAUCCCAGUUGCCGUUGUCAAGCAUCAAUUUGCGCACCUGCACAUUGUCGAGAAGGCCAAAAAGUUAAAAUAAUUCGUAAAGGUGAUGGUACACCGGGACGCUGUUGUGACGACAUUGAAUGUGAAAGUGGCGAUGAAGAUCAGAAUGCUGAUGCAAAGAAGUGUCCACACGGUGGGAAAACCCAUGAAAACGGCGAAAUAUGGCAGUCCAGCAGCUGUAAGCAGUGUAAAUGCAAAGAGGGGAUUGCUCUCUGUAGUGAAAUGUCAUGCCCAAAUCCGCCACCUGAUUGCACCUGGGUGGAAGUUCCAGAAGGUGAGUGCUGCCCGGUAUGUAUGGGUUGUGAAGCGGAUGGAAUUAAACGGAAAAGGAAUGAAACUUGGCAAAAAGAUGAUUGCACCAGUUGUUCGUGCGCUGCUGAAGGAGUUCAUCAUUGUCAGAAGCAUAUGUGUCAAGUGGACUGUGACAAUCCCAAAAAAGUUCCUGGACAAUGUUGUCCAGUUUGUGAUGCACCUCUGUUUAUGGCAAAUCCGUUGACAUGUCCAGCAAUGGAACAUUGUCCGUUACGAUGCGAAUAUGGUCUUCUUCGUGAUGCACAGGGUUGUUUUCAGUGCGCUUGUGCUCCUAUGAUUCGGCCAACCGCACCCAAUUGUUCAGAGUUGACAGAAACAACAUGUGACAAGUUUUGUCCACACGGUUAUGAUAGGGAUGGCAGAGGUUGCGCGACUUGCAAAUGCGCCAAAUGUCCACCUCUACAUCAGUGUUACAAACAUUGUCUUUAUGGUUUUGAAUCCAAUGUUUAUGGCUGUCCUAUCUGCAAAUGUCGAGUCAUAGAUCGCAAUGAAACCACAUAUCAAACACAGCUGAGAAAGGAUAGAAAAGGUUCUGAUGUUUGUUAUACAUCUAGUCCAGAAACUGGCCAACUCGAACGUGAUAGCGGUGAAUGGUGGAGUGACGGUUGUAGAAAUUGUUUUUGCGACCAGAAACAUGAAUAUUGCUCAUUGAUAACAUGCCCUCCUAAAAACGAAAGCUGUCCCGAUGACCAGUGGAAAAAAAUAGAUGGUUGGUCUGUUAAAAAUGCGUUUGCUGAAACUUUUAAUGUUUCAAGUGCAUGUUGUGAGACGUGCUUGAGCCAACCAACACGUGUACCCGUAAAACACGAGCAUACUGUGUGCCAAAGUGCUGGCCGCUUGUAUGUUGAUGGUGAGACUUGGGAAGUGACUCCAUGCACCUCCUGUACUUGUCGAAUCGGCCAUGUACUAUGCCGUACGGUAGAGUGCCCAGCGCUCCUAUGCGAACACCCAAUAAUUAAUAAUUCCGACUCUUGUUGUCAAAAGUAUUGGUUCAAUGGAAUCUUCUGUGUCUACUUCAUAAAUUUGGCUGUCGUUGAGAAUUUGUACAUGCAAGAAGUAUUUAAAUGUCCUGAAGAAGAGGGAGCGAAAACUGCAAUAAUACCUAACAAUAAUAUACUUUGCAAAGAUGAAACCGGUCUUGCUCAUCUAGUAGGAUCGUCUUGGAGAGUUGACGAAUGCGUUUCUUGCAGAUGUACUGUGUCAGCCGAAAAUGAGGGGAAAAUUGAAUGUUUUAAAGAGAAAUGUCCACCUCUGAAGGAUUGUUUUGGAAUACCGCUGACUAUAAAGGGGCGUUGUUGCUCAAUUUGUUCAGAUUUGCUUUCUACGACAUCGAUUUGUAAGUACAGUAACACUGCCUAUGCUCUCAAUGAGCAGUGGAAAGAUGGCGAUUGCCGCAACUGUAGUUGUGAGCGAAGCGGACAAGUCGUCUGUAAGGAACAGCAGUGUGCUCCCUGUAAAAACCCAGUCUAUGUUAGUGGACAAUGUUGUCCCACCUGCAAAGAUAACAGUUGGGGUAUCAUGUAUACUAAUGGUCCCGCAGUAACAGGCAGAGAAGAAAAUUCUUCUUCGUUAUCGACUGAAUCCAGCGCUGUAAUUUAUGGUUUCUGUUUCGCUGGAUUCCUUCUUCUUGCAGUAUUUGCAACGAUUCUUUUAUAUAAACUUUUUAAACGUAGUCAGAAUAACCAUCAUAAAAAAUCGCCAAUUCAGUUUAACAAUUCGUCGGUUUUAUUAUCGUCAUCAAAGGCAAUUGGUUCAACACCGCGACUGUUUGAGGAUUUUAAUAAAAGGCGAGACAGUUGUGGUGAUGGUCAAAGCGAGUCAUUAUUAUCAACAACAUCUGAAUCAAGUUCUGCGCCAUCAUCCAAUUGCAGCUCCGGUCAAGAUCAGCACUCGGACACAUCGCCGCUAACAACUAAACAAAGCACUGGUCAAGCGAAAUCUGCUGAUCGACUUGGUCGUGGAUUUGGAUCUUUCAAAAAUCCAUUAAGUAAAUCUGGAGAUGUUGUCGGGUCUCAUAUGUAA